CGCACUGCCGGCAGGGCUAUGGCUGCGGAGGAGGUGCUGCAGAGCGCCGACCACUACAAGAGCGAGAUCGAGCGGCUGACCCGCGAGCUCUCCGAGACGACCCACGAGAAGAUCCAGGCGGCGGAGUAUGGGCUGGUGGUGCUGGAGGAGAAGCUCACCCUCAAGCAGCAGUACGACGAGCUGGAGGCGGAGUAUGACGGCCUCAAGCAGGAGCUGGAGCAGCUCAAGGAGGCAUUUGGACAGUCCUUCUCAAUUCAUCGCAAAGUGGCUGAAGAUGGUGAAACACGUGAAGAGACUCUCCUCCAGGAGUCUGCAUCAAAGGAAGCUUAUUACCUAGGGAAGAUUCUGGAGAUGCAGAAUGAGCUGAAACAGAGCAGGGCAGUGGUCACCAACGUGCAAGCAGAGAAUGAGAGACUCACUGCUAUCGUCCAGGAUUUGAAAGAGAAUAAUGAAAUGGUGGAACUACAGAGGAUACGAAUGAAAGAUGAAAUUCGAGAAUAUAAGUUUCGAGAGGCGAGACUUCUACAGGACUACACUGAACUUGAAGAAGAAAAUAUCACUUUACAGAAACUGGUGUCCACACUGAAACAGAAUCAAUAUUAUGAAUGUUCUUUGUCUUGUCUAAUUCAGGUUGAAUAUGAAGGCUUAAAGCAUGAGAUUAAACGCUUUGAGGAGGAGACAGUGUUGCUUAAUAGUCAGCUAGAAGAUGCCAUCCGGUUGAAGGAGAUUGCUGAGCAUCAACUGGAGGAAGCCCUGGAAACUUUAAAAAAUGAAAGGGAGCAAAAGAACAAUCUGAGGAAGGAACUCUCCCAGUAUAUCAACCUCAAUGACAGUAUGUAUAAUAACCAUAUUAAUAUAUCAGUAGAUGGAUUAAAGUUCGCAGAGGAUGGAAGCGAGCCCAACAAUGAUGACAAAAUGAACGGACAUAUCCAUGGGCCUCUUGUGAAACUCAAUGGUGACUUCCGAACUCCCGCAGUUAGGAAAGGGGAAUCCCUGCACCCAGUCUCGGACCUCUUCAGUGAGCUCAACAUAUCAGAAAUACAGAAGCUGAAGCAGCAACUCAUGCAGGUGGAAAGAGAGAAGGCUAUUCUCCUGGCCAACCUUCAGGAGUCUCAGACACAGCUGGAGCACACCAAGGGAGCCCUCACUGAGCAACAUGAGAGAGUCCACAGGCUCACGGAGCAUGUCAAUGCCAUGAGGGGGCUGCAGAGCAACAAGGAGCUGAAAGCAGAACUUGACUGUGAGAAGGGCCGAGACCCUGGGGAGGAAGCACAUGACUAUGAAGUGGACAUCAAUGGCCUGGAGAUCCUAGAAUGUAAAUACAAAGUAGCAGUCACUGAGGUGAUCGACCUUAAAGCUGAAAUCAAAGCCUUAAAGGAAAAAUAUAAUAAAUAUGUGGAAAAUUACACUGAAGAGAAGGCCAAGUAUGAGAGCAGAAUCCAAACGUACAAUGAGCAGGUGACAAACCUGGAGAAAUCAACCAAGGAAAGCCAGGAAAAAAUGGUCCACAUGGAGAAGGAAUUACAAAGAAUGACAAGCGUAGCAAACGAGAACCAUAACACCCUCAACACCGCCCAGGAUGAGCUGGUGACCUUUAGCGAGGAGCUGGCUCAGCUCUACCAUCACGUCUGCCUGUGCAACAAUGAGACACCAAACAGGGUCAUGUUGGACUAUUACAGGCAAAGCAGAGUCACCCGCAGUGGAAGCCUGAAGGGACCGGAUGACCCUCGAGGUCUCCUUUCUCCACGGCUUGCUAGAAGGGGAAUGGCAUCACCAGUAGAAGCCAGGACCCCAACCGAACAGGUGACAAAAGAGGGCACAGAGCCUGUCAAGGAACAGAGCCCAACAAAAACACCUACAAUUUCUCCUGUCAUCACAGCCCCUCCUUCCUCCCCAGUCUCCGAUACUAGUGACAUUCGCAAAGAGCCGAUGAACAUCUACAACCUCAAUGCCAUAAUAAGGGACCAAAUCAAGCACUUGCAGAAGGCUGUAGAUCGGUCACUGCAGCUGUCACGCCAGCGCGCAGCAGCUCGGGAGUUGGCACCCAUGAUUGACAAAGACAAGGAGGCCUUAAUGGAAGAGAUACUGAAAUUGAAGUCACUCCUGAGUACCAAGCGGGAACAGAUAGCAACCCUGAGGGCAGUGCUGAAAGCCAACAAGCAGACAGCUGAAGUGGCAUUAGCCAAUUUGAAGAACAAAUACGAAAAUGAAAAAGCAAUGGUGACUGAAACCAUGACCAAACUACGAAAUGAACUGAAGGCUUUGAAGGAAGAUGCUGCAACCUUCUCAUCCUUGCGAGCAAUGUUUGCAACCAGGUGUGAUGAGUACGUCACGCAGCUGGAUGAGAUGCAAAGGCAGCUAGCAGCUGCAGAGGAUGAGAAGAAGACUCUAAACUCUCUGUUGCGCAUGGCUAUCCAGCAAAAACUUGCCCUCACCCAGCGACUGGAGGAUUUAGAGUUUGACCAUGAGCAGUCCCGACGCAGCAAAGGCAAGCUCGGAAAGAGCAAGAUCGGCAGCCCUAAAGUAAGUGAGGAGGCAUCAGCCACCGUGCCAACCAUAGACACUUUCCUCCUGCAUAGUCAGGGCCCACAGCAACCAAACUUACUGGUCAGCAGUGGCACUCAGAGGAAAAGACUAUUCUCACCUUCCCUUUGUGAUCAGAGCCAUCCCAGGACUUCAGGGACCUACCUACAGAAAUUAUUAAGAGCCCCCCCUCAUCCCGCCUCCACAGAAUCAUAUCUUCUGAGGGGCCCCCCUUCUAUGAGUGAAUUCAUCCAUGGGCACCGUCUCAGCAAGGAAAAAAGGUUAACCGUGGCCACACCAGUCCUAAUGCUCUUCCAGAAGAGCAGCCACAUUCCAGCUCUCAGUGUGCCCCUCUCAACUGUCUCUCUAAGCCUCCUCCUUACCCCUAAUCUUCAUAUGCAACGUAAGAGAAAAUGCAAACAGAGUGGAGCGGAUGCAACAAGGGAGCGGGUUGUUCCCAGCGAGCCGGCAGACAAUCCUGCCUUGUUGCUGCGUUGACAAGCCUGGAUUCAAACCCACUGUUCUGGCAACAGAGGGAAGGUUGAGAAGAAGAACACAAAGCACAGAGCCCAACCUAUCAAGAAGACUUUUUAUGGUUCCUCUGAUUGUAUCCAAACUUUGCUAUCACAAUUACAAAGUGUAGUGAAAUUUAACAUCCCAACAAAAUGUUCCUCCCAGCUGCUUGGCUUUACCUCUGGAAUCCUGAGAGACUUAAGCCAAUAUUUAAAAAAGUAUGUUACAAAAAUCCUACCCUCCUAUUCUGUAAGUUCAGCCAUAGGAACCUGUUAAAAUUUCUUUUUGUUAUUAAGGGUGUGAUAUUUAUUACUUACUUUAUUUGCACCAUAAUUUUUUGUUUAUAAAAUGCAGUCUUUUUUGAGAGAAUUGUAUUUAAUUCAUUUUAUUUAAAAGAGGAGAAAAAAAAACAACAAGCAGAAAUAGCUUAAGUGAAGAAUGACUGAGUUAAUAUUAAUAAAGAGGCUUGUUGCAUUGGCCAGCAUAUGGCCAAUUUGUAUUGCACAAAAAUGUUGGAAAUGGGUUGAAUUGGAAAGUUAACAAUGACUGUAUAUUUUGCUGCUGCACUGAUACUGUUUAUGCACUUAUUUUCUAAUUCAUAUUAUGCUAGCUUCUGGUUUUGUUGUAGCUCUUCACUGAAAGAUAAUUAUUAAGCCUAAGAAGGAGAUGAAAGGAUGGUGUAUUGAUUUAUUUUCAGCUGUUUGCUUGCAUCGUAGUUAUUUUUGCAUUUCAGACAAGUAGAUGAAUUGGUGCUGUUUUUUGGGGUUACUUUCUAUUUGGUAUCUGAGAAAGAAUAUCUAAAAACAAGUAAAAUGUUGUGUGCUAAUUAAAACAUUCUUUCCUCCUGCUCCCAUAUUCAGGAUACUAGCUCAAGGCCUUACAGUGAAAGGCUAGUAUGAAUGGCAAAGUUGUAUGCAUUUUGUGUGAAGUAUUCUGUGGUGAAAUAACUCCCGCAGGUGAGGUUAACAGUGUGGAUCAAUGUUAGUAGGAUUUUACUGUAGUGCAUUUUUUCCUUGCCAAAAAUCAACAGAUACAGAACCUUAGCUCAUGUCAGUUUAUGACAAAUACUCAGGUGAUUUACGCUACACAGAUUCUACUGCAACAGUGCACAGUGUUCCUAGUUAAAGAUUCUUUCCUGCAAAAGCUGAAUAAAUCUUUUUUCUUUCUUUUUUUAACAGUGGAUUUCAGAACAAAAUCAAGGAUCACAGAAUUUAUUUUGCACAAUACCUGACAGCAAGGCAAGUGGCUAAGCAAGAUGUAAUGUUUUAGCAUCUAUGGGCUUCCCAUCUGGUUAUCAAAUAGAAAAGAAGUCCUCAGUACUGCCCACUUGCUGGUAAUUAGCAGACUCCUUGCUCUUUGUCAGGUGGCCUUAAUUUCUUUACAGAUGAAAGGCUUAGGUUUUUCCACAUCACUCUAUUCCUUCUCUGCAGCUUAAGUAUGAUCUACAAAAUUGAAAGGCAGUACAGCCUACAGUGCAGAGCAGUUGAACAAAAUUGCUGCAGAGAUGGUUGGAAUAAUUUCUUCAUAUUUUUGCCUCUAUGUGAGAAAACAAACUCAGUUGUCUGUUGUUAACAGUGCUAACCAAAUGUUAUGAUACACAGAACAUCAGCAGAGGAAAGAAUCAGUGACCAAUCAGUGUGCCUAACUAUCCUUAUCACCAUAGUACCAGUAAUGAAGGUGCUGUAAAUAGAAAUACUCUAUGUAAUCAACAGUGUAUGUCCUGUAACCUUGGCAAAGCAGCUGAGCUAUUGUAACGAAACAUUCAGAGUCAGAGGUGGAGAAAAUAGGAGCAAACUGAUAUCAAAUUCUGAUCAGAUCAAACAAACAACACUUGGCAGUGUUUCUGCUUAGAUUUCCAUGCGGUUCACAUGAUUCUUGUAUACAUUUACAUAACUAUUUAGUAUCAUACUUAAUCUACAUGUUGUCUUGUCAUAGGAAAGUCAAGUAAAACUUGUUUAGCUCAAUCAUAUUUUUGGCACUGAAAUUAGCUGCUAUUUUGAUUUUUACUAAAGAAACAUUUUGCCUGAGGCAAAUGUUGCCUUUAAAAAGCGUCUCCGAAUUCCUGACCUUGUCAGACUGCUGCAUUAAUACUCUACAGUGGUGAUGUCUAUGUCCAACAAAGACAGCUACUGUGUAUUGUUCAGUGGGAAAAGAAUUUGCAUUGCACAUUGAAUACAGUUACUGCGAGCUUUACUUGGAAUAUUUUUACCUAUUUUCAUAUCCAAACCAAACACUUUUUCCCCUCUAUUUAAAAGUUAAAUUGACCAUAAAUUGAGUGAAAUACAUUUCCAUUCUAUAUAUGAAUUUAUUGGAAAAAAAUCCUUUUAUUGGAAUACUUGUUUAGUAAUGUAUUUGUUUCCAAUUGUGAUUUGCAAAGCAACUUUGAGAAAUUGAAACAUUGUGCUGGUACGUCUAUGUGGAUCAAGAGUUACAGAACAGCAUCCAGUGGUUUAGAGAUUGUGGCCAUGUUUUAUAGAAAUCAAUGGGUUUAUUAAAUUUUUUUAUUCUCUUAAGCUUUAAACUCUUCAUUUCUAAUUUUUCAAUUUAUAUUUUUUAAUAUAAUAAAACGUAAGUGUUGGAAAGUUAAGAGAACUAGAAACAAAGCAGCUUAUAUGUACAAAUGACUGUAGUUAUUGCAUUGUAAGUUAUAAAACUGUAGGUCUCCAGGACAGCUUUUGUCAGUUAAUCAGUAAAAAAAUAAAAUAUAUAUCUUGAA